GACAUGUAAUUAUCUUUUAAUAAAAUUCUUUUUCUUUGAAAUAAUAAAAUAAUAAAAAAAACUAGGGUUCUUAUCUACCGCUGGCAGCCGGAACGAAGCCUGUCUAUACGCUUCAAAAUCAAACGGGCGGAAAAUGCAGAAACCAAAAAUGAAUCUUAAAUAUAAUUUGUCGUCGUUUACAAACUCAAUCAAUGUUCUUGUAUACAAUACCUAUCUCCUUAAAUUUUUGUUUUCUUACAAACAAGUAGAUAUAGAACGGAUUUGAAUGUCUUCAAUUUGAUUAUUGCGAGAUAGAAGCUUGUACCCUCUGUUUUACAUGUGUGAUUCCGAGAAUGUUUCGGUCACUCGCAUUUUCUACAAUUGUGGAGACUGUUCAUCAGUAAGAUGCUGCAAUGGUUGCGCGAGUCUUGGUCCUCUCAAGAUGCUGCAAUGGUCCUCUCAUAUGCGCGAGUCUGGACACAUGUUGACAAUGUCACGCCUAAUUUUAUUUGGACAAUGUCGAAAUUCUGAAAUCCAAGGAUUUGAUGAAAUGUGAAACUGAUUAAACUUCAUAUACAUCCCAGAAUUAAUCUUUGUCUUUCGGUUUGAUUGAAUUGGUUUUUUGAAUAUGAUACAUCACUGUUGGAUUAUUUUCGGCUUAGUUGUUUAUAUUGCAGGUUGUAAUUCGUUAGUCGAAGUUUUGGUCCUGGAGGAAAACCAUGUAUCAUGCCAAGGAUCCAUCCAACUCCGGUGAGAUUGCUAAAUGAGAAUUACAAGCCAUGCUCAUAUUUUUUAUGGUUCUAAAGGUAUACUAUCUCUUUCAAUCUGUCAAUUAAACUGAAAGUUAGACGGGCGAUGAAUGUAUAGGGGGACGAGGUUAAUGAAUGAUUUAAUAUUAAGAAUUUAAUCAAGUCAAGAGUCGUUGUUUAUUAUAAUUAGCACUAAGUUGAUUACUUAGGUGUCCUCUACAUUAUUUCGAAGAAAUUUCAAUUGUUGGAGUAGUUAGAUACCUGCUAUGUGUUUAGAAAAUCUUGUUCGUUGCAUUACUGGAUCGUCGUCAGACGGGCUAGGAAUUAACAGAACAGGUUAUCACUUUCAGUCACCGAAAAACUGGAUUAACGACCCAAAUGGACCUAUGUAUUAUAAUGGUAUCUACCAUCUUUUCUACCAGUACAACCCGAAUAGUGCUGAAUGGGGAGAUAUUGUUUGGGCUCAUUCGGUAUCGAAAGAUAUGGUCAAUUGGUUCCACGUCGAUAUUGCAUUGCACCCUACAGAUCCAUUUGAUAUUAAAGGGUGCUGGUCAGGGUCUACCACCAUCCUUCCUGGUAAGGGACCUGUGAUCUUUUACACCGGUGGUGAUACAGAAAACCGACAAGUUCAGAACAUUGCUGUACCAAAGGAUUUAUCAGAUCCCUUACUUGUGGAAUGGAAAAAGCUGGACCAGAACCCAGUUAUCUCCACUCCAGAUGGCAUUAAACCCGAUAAGUUUCGGGACCCAAGUACUGGAUGGUUGGGUGAAGAUGGGUAUUGGAGAGUUAUAAUAGGGAGCGAGAAAAGCAGAUUAGGGAUGGCAUUGUUGUUUAAAAGCAAGGAUUUCUUGACAUGGACACAAUCUGAAAAUACAUUUCACUCUGCUUCAACCGCUUCAGCCGAAAACGGUAUGUGGGAAUGCGUAGAUUUUUUCCCUGUGGCACUGAAAGGGGAAGCAGCAUUAGACACCUCCGCAAGAGGAGACAAUAUUAAGUAUGUAUUUAAGGUGAGUGAUCAAGAUACGUUCUCUGAUUUCUAUACCGUGGGGGAUUAUCUUCUGAACAACGGUGAGUAUUAUACACCGGAUAACACUGUAGGUGAUCCUUAUUCGCCUGUUACUGCUCUAAGAUUAGAUUAUGGCAAAUUCUAUGCAUCUAAAACAUUCUUAGAUGAGGCAAAAAACAGAAGGAUAUUGUGGGCAUGGGUCAAUGAGCCUGAUUCCAAUGCUGAUGCCAUUGAAAGAAGAUGGGCUGGUAUUCAGUCAAUACCGAGGACACUGUGGCUGGAUAAAAAUGAAAAACAGCUCCUGCAAUGGCCCGUUGAGGAACUCGCAACCUUAAGAACAGAUGAAGUUGGAUGCACUAAUGAACCUCUGACCACGGGAAGACCUCUUUUUGAAGUUCAAGGAAUAACAGCUGCACAGGCCGAUAUCGAAGUUACAUUUCGUAUACCAAGUUUAGAAAAUGCAGAAGUUUUUGAUCCUUCAUGGGUUGACGCCCAACAACUCUGUGGUGAAAAAGGUGCUGCUGUUCAAGGUGGCAUUGGACCAUUUGGAUUGUUAACCUUAGCUUCAAAGGAGUUAGAAGAAUACACAGCAGUUUUCUUUAGAGUUUUCAAAGCUCAAGACAAGUAUGUGGUGCUUAUGGGUUCUGGUGGUGGCAGGUCAUCCUUAAGAGGAGAAGGACUAAGUAAACCCUCAUAUGGGGCAUUUGUGGAUGUUGAUUUGGUUGAUGGGGAAAUUUCUCUAAGAUGCCUGAUCGAUCACUCAGUGGUGGAAAGCUUCGGUGCCGGAGGAAAAGCUUGUAUCACAACUAGGACCUACCCGACGCUUGCAGUAGGAAAAGAAGCCCAUCUAUUUGCAUUCAACUACGGAUCAGAGACUGUUGAGAUUGCAAAACUAAAUGCCUGGACCAUGAAAACUCCUGAAAUGAACCUCAGCGAUGGGGUAACCUUGCUGCGUGCAGCUUAAACAUUACGUCCGUGAGCAUUGGCUUUAGAGUUCUUGAACUCUUGGUUUGGCUAACUUAAGCUUGUUCUGGUAUGGUGGUGAUUGGUGGACUUGUGGUUGUCUUUUUUAUUUUCCCGAGUCUAUUUGGUUUAUGUUGUGUUGGCCCUGUUGGAUAUCUAAGUCUCUUUGUUGGCCUUUGGGGUCUUCCUUUGUUCUUUAUCUUAAGAAUUUGUAUGAUACAUUAACGUCAAUUUAUAAACCUCGAUUAGAUAUUGUAAAGGCUA